AACUUGCUCGAAUUACAAACCGUUUCGUUCCAUCUCAUGAUCCUUCAAUCUCUAAGGAUGACCCUGCAACCAAAUUGUUUCAAGAUGGAAAUCCAUUUCGAAUUAGUAAACGACGUGCGAAACUCAUUCCAGCUUCAUGUUUUCUUCUUGAAGCUAUAAUGGAUGUUAUAAAUUUAAGAUACUUAUACUUUUGUGAAGGUGGUGUCCGACAAGGAAAAUGUUUCGAUAUGAUGCCUCAAUCAGAACGUGUGAAGGAUCCAUUUGAUACUUUUAUUUCAUCUAAUUCAUUACAUCCAAAAUAUAUCACAAAUCAAUAUCGAAACAAAUUAGUGGGUAUAAUGAAAGCUGCUUUACCUCCAGUUUUUUAUGAUGUACUUGAUUCUGACGAUUUAGUGUCCGAGACUACGAAGAAAAAACCACAACGACUUGAACGUUUAUUACCAAGUUUGGUUUAUCUUUCCCAUUGGUCAAUGCACCUAGCUAAAGAAUCUCGUCCUAUUUACGCAUUUUACUUGUCACUUUCCGGUGGUGCUUUAUGUAAUGCUCCUGGAAUAACGCACGUAGAUAGGGCAAUUAUAGCGUGGUGUCUAAUGUAUCGACAUUACGAUGAUGCAAGUGGCGACGUUGAAGAUGAUGUGAGCAACAUGGCCUCUGAAAUGUUUUAUGGUGUCAAGAAAAUGAUUCCAGGUGGGAAGGAUCAUGAGAUGGAACGAAACG